AUGCCGGGCGCAGAUGACCAAUACCAAUCAGGUCCCCAUGCCCCUUUGCUCGCCUCAUCCCACGCCUCUUCAGACCAUGAAGACAACGAUGAGAGCCUGGCUGCUGAGCUGGAAUACUCAGGAGGCUGGUUUAUAUGGGCGUUGACCUUCACCGCUGGGAUAAGUGGUUUACUUUUUGGAUAUGACACAGGUGUAAUUUCGUCUACUUUGGUGACCAUCGGGUCAGAUCUAUCGGGCCGGAAAUUAACAACCCUGGAUAAAAGCCUUAUUACAUCAUGCACCAGCCUGUUUGCGUUGAUCGCGAGCCCGUUUACCGGUGUGCUGGCAGACAAGUUUGGUCGUCGGAAGGUCAUACUUGGUGCAGAUUUGUUGUUUGCAGUUGGAGCUUUGGUACAGGCCCUCACAAGCCAAGUUUGGGGCAUGAUAAUUGGACGCAGCAUUGUUGGUAUUGCUGUUGGUAGCGCGAGUGCGGUGACCCCAUUGUACAUUUCCGAGUUGGCCCCUUCGCACGCAAGAGGAAGACUUGUCACGAUCCUCAGUCUAUUCAUCACCGGUGGACAGGUGGUGGCAUACAUAGUCGGGUGGUUGUUUUCCACUUCAAGUGGAGGCUGGCGGUGGAUUGUGGGAAUUGGGGCAUUCCCAGCCUUCUUUCAGCUUGCCAUUCUCGCUCUGCUACCCGAGACGCCUCGAUGGCUGGUCCAGGCUGGAUUCGAUGCCCGGGCAAAGAAAGUCCUGAGUAAGAUCUAUCAGGAUUGCCCUGGCUGCGAUCAUGUAGUGGAACGUGUCGUGCGCAACAUUCAUGGUGAAAUUGUCCAAGAGUCAUCGGAGCUGGGACCAACCAAGUCUCGUAGCACAAAGCCCCAGUGGUUACAUGAUACCAUUCAACGGGGUCAGCAGUUGAUUCACGGUGGGAACAGAAGAGCAUUGAUUAUAGCUAUGAUGCUCCAGGCGAUCCAACAGCUUUGUGGAUUCAACAGCCUGAUGUAUUUUUCGGCAACCAUCUUCUCCUCUCUUUCAUUCUCUUCACCGACAUUGACAUCACUCACGGUGGCUAUGACGAAUUUUAUCUUCACGUUGUUUGCAUUUGUGCUGAUUGAUAAGAUUGGUCGCCGACGCAUUCUCCUGUAUUCAAUUCCUGUCAUGGUCCUUGCGCUAGUCGUCUGUGCUUUCUCGUUUUCAUCAAUUGACGACAAAUGGAACUCACAACCAAGUGGCCGUCAAGCAAUCGACGAUAAAUCAAGUUCUCUUGUGCCCCUUGCGAUUUUGCUUUGUCUUACUGUCUAUACUGCAGCAUAUGCCCUCGGACUCGGCAAUGUCCCCUGGCAGCAGUCUGAACUUUUCCCUCUUAAUGUACGUUCUCUGGGAUCAGGGCUUGCCACUGCAACUAACUGGGGAUCAAAUUUUGUUGUUGGUCUCACUUUCUUGCCUAUGAUGGAAUGGAUAUCACCCUCAUGGACGUUUGCUCUCUAUGCACUUGUUUGUGUGGUCGGGUGGAUUGCUGUAUGGGCAAUUUACCCUGAGAUGAGUGGACUUGGCCUCGAGGAAGUCAAGGGCCUGUUAGCAGAUGGUUGGGGAGUGAGAGAAAGUCUACAGCGACGUCGUCUCUCACGGCAUACAUAG